AUGAUCAUACAUAAAGGAAAUAAAAUUUAGAUUGAUAAUCAUCACGAGGAUUUAGAUUAAGAAGUCUUUUCAAUUUGCUAAACUCACAAAUGCUUUUAUCGAUCAUUCUGCACAUUUUGCGAUCCUGAAAAGGAUCCAGAGGAAUUCUAUUGCCAAAGCAGCCAAGAGAAACCUGUAAAUUAUUUUGUGAUGGAUAUUGAAGAAGCAUCAUAUUUUGAUAAUCAAUACUUCAAUGCAGGUAUAUCCAGUUAUGAUCAACUAAUACAUAAGGAUAAAAUAGCUGAGUUGUAAAAAAACAAAGCAAAUGAUCCUAAAGACAUCGCAAUUUAAUUAGGAUUGUAUACAAAAUAAGAUGUGAAACAAUUAAUUGAUAAAGCUGUUCUAGACAAUUGGUAAGAAUAGUAGGAAUUCUCUGUUACCGUUGACUUUUGGGAAAUAAGCAAAACAAAGACCUUUAUAAAUAGAGCGGAGUAAAUUUUAGAAGAUUUAAAUCUCUAAAAUUCUAUUAUCAUUUUUCCAGCCAAGAAAUCCAUUUUGAUUAAGGUAUCUGAAUUAUAUUAGCAAUAAAAUUCAAAAUUUUUGGCCUCCUAUUAAAUCAUAGAUAAGCAGGCUGGUUUACUAAAAGCAGAAACUGCACAAAUUGCUAAAAAAGACUCCCUUCCUGAUUAUGAUGAUCAAAAGGCCUAGUAUAAAAGAAUUUUGAAUGUAUUACUAAAGCCAACCUAACAAUUCCCAUUCCCUGGUGAAAUUGUAUAUUUUGUGGAUUAAUACAAAGACAUAUAUGCUCCAGCUUAAAAGUUUGGUAAAUAAUAAACUCAGUUAAAUAUCUAUUGUAAUCCAAAAGAUGUUAAUAAGUAUUAUAAUACGGCAGGUGUGACAGGAGGUAAAGUGCAUGAAUACUCAUCGUAAGAGAAGAGACAAAUAACACUUAAAUUAAGAGCGAUAAUAUCAAAUAACUUUAUAUUCACGGAAACUUAAUCGGAUAGAUUCGAAAAGUUCUUUACAGAAAUAAACUUCCCAUUUGACUUGGAAUAUGAGUUAAGAGACCCAAGAAAUCACGAUACUUUUGGUUGCUUACAGGUAAUAAUCCAAGACGAAAAUGGUUGUUUUAUUGAACAAAAAAUCCUUGAAAUGGGUUCUAAUAACGAUCUCCAUGAACCAAGUGUAUCAUUAAGUGAAGAAACAUUGAAUUUAACUAUUUUUUCAAAAGAGUGA